AUGGCGCCACCCGUGACUAAGAGAAGGAAGCUUGAGCACAGCGAUGAGGAGAGUGGGAGUGAGGGCAGCUUUGCUGAUUUCGACGAGGUGAACGGUGGGGAGGUGGAUGGCAGCGCGCAAGAAGAUGAUUCCAUGGGCGAGCUGGAGGCGUUGGAAGAUGUUGAGGAAGGUGUGAGCGACGAGGAGGAUGACGAGGCUGUGAGCGACCAGGAGGACAAAGAGUCUGACGAGGAAGAAGAGGCGCCCCAGGAAGCAAAGAAGCAGGCGCCCGCGCCAAAGCCAGCCUCUGCACCGAAGCCACACAAGCGGCCUGCAUUGAGCCUGCAAGACGGCGUGUACACGGCCGAGACGUUCAAGUCGAACAUGUUCAAGCUGCAGGUUGACGAGCUGCUGGAGGAAGUCAAGCCAAAGUACGGCAAGAAGCAGGCUCUGGCUGAGACGGCUAUGCGCACGCUGAAGACUAUCAUCGAGCAGAUACCCAGCAGGGCCGCGCUGCCAGUUCCCGAAGCCGAGAAGGCCCUCAAGGCUGCUGGAGUGGCCACGCCCUUUCCCAGCCCCCGCCCGCCCAAAGACGCAAUGUACAAGCUGCAGUACGACCGUCCUGCGAGCAUCAACGCCACCGGCAGCUACCCGCUCAAGACUGCGACGCACACGGACAGUGGGCUCGCCAUCGACCUGGUCGUCACUAUGCCCAAGGCCCUGUUCCAGGACAAGGACUACCUCAACCACCGAUACUUCUACAAGCGCGCAUACUACCUGGCUUGUCUGGCUGCCGGUAUCAACGCGGCAAAAGAGCACAAGUUCGUCCUCUCGUUCGACACUCUGAAUGGGAACCAACUCCAGCCCAUCAUCGUUGUGCGCCCCAGCGGCAAUGGCGAUGCAGACGACUUUUCGGCCUCGAAGUGCAGGAUCAAUAUCCUGGUGGCGUUGCCUGAGGACUCGUUUGCGCAGAACAAACUCUCUCCAAGCUCCAACUGCGUGCGACCCAAGGGAAAUGAAGACGAGGCUCCUAGCAAAGCGCUCGCACCGACGCCCUUCUACAACAGCACGCUGCAGUCGGAUGCCAAUAUCACCCCAUACCUCAAGCUACUGCACGCUACAGCCUCCAAGGCGGAUGCAUACAAGGACGCGUGCAUACUCGGCCGAGUUUGGUUGCAGCAGCGCGGAUUCGGCACCCGACUGCGUCAAGGAGGGUUUGGCAACUUCGAAUGGGCCGUUCUCAUGGCUCUUCUGCUACAGUCUGACUCGGGUGUUGGCGCGCAAGCACUUUCCCCGGGAUACAGCAGCUAUCAGCUGUUCAAGGCAACCCUCCAGUUCCUGGCACGCCAUGAUCUGGCUAAGAAGCCUUUUAUCCUGCAGGCACACAAUGUCACCGUCCCAAAAACUGGCACAACUCCAGUUCUAUUCGACGGACCCCGAGGUCAGAACGUGUUGUUCAAGAUGACGCAUUGGUCGUUUGCUCGUCUUCGCCUCGAGGCAAAGGCUACCGUCGACAUGUUGAGUGACGCUGUGUUUGAUCACUUCGACUCAGCAUUCAUCCUCAAGACUGAGUUGUUGACAUACAGAUAUGAUGCGACUGUCGAGAUCCCUCUCUCGGCGUUUGAGUUGCCAACGGGCGAGGACUACGACGAGAAGUUCGCCAGCACCUGCCGAAAGCUUUACAACACCUUGACUCGCGCGUUGACGGAUCGAAUUACGGCACUGUCAUUCACUCUUCCUGGUGAAAACAAUUGGUCCGUCUCCUCGAAGCGUCCUCACGAGAACCAGCGAAAGAGCAUCCUGGUGAGUUUCGCAACGGACCCAGCAAACGCUAGCCGAACCGUCGACCAUGGACCGUCGGCGGAAAACAAGCAGGAGGCUGCCGCUUUCCGCAAAUUCUGGGGCGACAAGUCUGAGCUCAGACGAUUCAAGGAUGGCAGCAUUCUCGAGAGUGUGGUCUGGUCGGCAAAGGACAAGUCUGUGGUUGAGCAAAUCGUUCGCUACUGCCUCAAGCAACAUGCUGGUGUUGACGCUGAGGAGCAAGUCAAGUUCAGCGGCGAUGUUUUUGCGCACUUGAUCAGUGCUGGUCGUAUCCAGGGAGCGUCUGGAGUUGCGCCUUUCCUUCCCAUCAUGAAUGCCUUUUCUGCUUUGGAGAAGGACAUUCGUGAUCUGGAAGACCUGCCGCUCCAGCUGCGUCACAUCAGAGCUGCGGAUCCACAACUUCGUUACGCUUCAGUGGAUCCUCCGUCUCCUGGGCAUUCUCCUGCGUCGGUUGUGCUCCAGUUCGAGGCAUCCGGGCGCUGGCCUGACGAUCUGUGCGCUAUUCAGCGGACGAAGAUUGCCUUUCUUCUGAGGAUGUCUGACCUCUUGUCAAACUUGGAGUCAGAAUACGUUUCUCGUGUUGGUCUUGAGAACCCAUCGCAGCCAGCCACGAACCAGGCGUUCUUGGACGUCACUGUCGCGUCGGGUUUCACAUUCCGCAUCCGCAUAUACCAUGACCGCGAAGUCACACUCUUCGAACGCCAACUGAAAGACAAGACUCUUGACGCUCCAUCGCGCGAAUCUGCCGCUGCUUCGCUUGCUCUGUACAAACGCGAGUUUGUCAACACACCGCUGCACUCGCAGGUGUUGCAAACGCUCAGCACGCGCUUCCCAGCUCUCUCGCCCUCGAUACGACUGACCAAGCGAUGGUUCGCAUCGCAUCUUCUAUCGCCUCACUUUGCGCCCGAGCUGAUCGAGCUACUUGUCAUCCGAACAUUCCUCCAACCGCAUCCAUGGCCCGUCCCCUCCACCGCAACCACCGGGUUCUUGAGGACAUUAGCCUGGAUCGGCCGAUGGGAUUGGCGCCACGUCCCCCUUGUCGUAGACUUCUCAUCGACCUUCACCAACAACCCAGCCGAUCUAGAAGACGCAACCCCGAAAGGCAUGAAGUCCGAAGACCUCGAGAGACUACAAACCCGCUUCGAAGCAUGGCGCCGCAUCGAUCCAGCCAUGAACCGCGUCGUCCUCUUCGCAGCCUCCAACCUCGACGAAGAAGGCACGACAUGGACGGACAAAGCGCAGCCCGAGAAAGUCGUCGCCGCGCGCCUCACCGCCCUAGCUAAAGCCGCUACCCAGGCCAUCCGCGCAGACGAAGCCCGUCUGCUGUCCCACACCCACACGGGACGUAAAGACGGAGAUGAAGACGAAGAAAUCACCGCAGUUACAACCUCCCUCUUCACAACAACAACAUCCCACUACGACAUCACCAUCCACAUCGCCCCCAAAUACACCCUCAACCCCCCCGCCUCCAGGAAACGCAAAGCGGAGCGCUCGUUCAAGAACAUCGCUCUCCAGCACGAAACGCGCCACGUCCCCGCCUCUACGCCGCUGCCGCUCCUUUUCGCGCAGGACCUCAGAGCCGUGUAUGGCGACGCGGUGCUGUGGUUCUGGGACCCGGAGACGAUGGAUAGGAUUGUUGGGCUGUGGAAUCCGGUUGUUACGGGGCAGAGGAGCUGGAAGGUUAGGCCUGGGUGGAAUGCUGAGCCUGUGCGGGCGAGGGGGAAGGGGAAGGAUGGUGGGGAGGGGGAGGUGGAUGUUAGGGUUAAUAAGGGGGCGGUUGUGGGUGAGAUUGCGAGGUUGGGUGGGGAGUUGAUUGCGAGGAUUGAGGUUCGGGAGUGAGGGUUUGAUGGGUAGUUGGGUGUGUGUGUCGUACUAGACGUGUAUUGAUUGGUUCUCCAGAGAGAUGGCUACUGGUCUAUGUGGUUGUGCGAAAAAGGAGGCGUCAAUAGCAUGUACAUGUAUACAUAUAAUCCACCGAUCUACUCUAUCCACAUCAAACACAUACUUUCAUACCAGACUACCUCCCCCAUUCAUUUCCCCGCAUCCCUAAUCCCCCACUUCCCAACCUCCUGCAUGGCCUUCUCGCCGCCCUCAGCCAAGCUCGGAUCCUUCAACACACCAGCAAGACACUGC